GCCCCGGCUCUUCCGCUGCUCUAGCUCUGGCUCUCCCUUGAACAGCUCCUAGAGAGAACAAGGCGUGCGGAGCUCAGAUCACCAGCAUCAUGCUCCUUGGGCUUGGAUCGUAGAUCCCCCUCUUUGAACGGUAAAAUAACUCCUUCGUCCAUCAGCGCCCCAGACAGACCCUGCGAGAGAAUACACACGUGUGAGAGAGAAAGAAAAGAAAGAGGAGGAAGAGAAAAAUCUGCGACCAAGUGGACUAAAGCAAAGAGAGAGUGCUUUGCUUGCACAGCUGCAAAGUGGGAAUUUAAAGAACUGCAGAGAGAGAAAUUCCAGCUCAUCAGCACAUACACAUUGCAGAAUUACAGAUCCAGGUAGAAAUGACAUCAACAGGGAAAGAAGGCAGCGGAGCUCAACAUGCACAAUAUGUUGGACCCUAUCGUUUGGAGAAAACCCUAGGAAAAGGACAGACAGGGCUUGUGAAGUUGGGGGUUCACUGUGUCACAUGUCAGAAGGUCGCGAUAAAAAUUGUCAACAGAGAGAAGCUCAGCGAAUCGGUGCUAAUGAAGGUGGAGCGGGAAAUAGCCAUCCUGAAGUUGAUAGAACAUCCCCACGUUUUAAAGCUGCAUGAUGUUUACGAAAAUAAAAAAUAUUUGUAUUUGGUGCUAGAACACGUGUCAGGUGGGGAGCUCUUCGACUAUCUUGUAAAAAAGGGAAGAUUGACACCAAAAGAAGCCAGGAAGUUCUUCCGACAAAUCAUCUCUGCUUUAGACUUCUGCCAUAGUCAUUCAAUAUGCCACAGGGACUUAAAACCAGAAAACCUACUGCUGGAUGAAAAGAACAACAUCCGGAUAGCAGACUUCGGAAUGGCAUCGCUGCAGGUUGGGGACAGCUUGUUAGAAACCAGUUGUGGAUCACCACAUUAUGCCUGCCCUGAAGUUAUCCGGGGAGAAAAAUACGAUGGAAGGAAAGCAGACGUCUGGAGCUGUGGAGUCAUUUUAUUUGCGUUGCUAGUGGGUGCCCUGCCAUUCGAUGAUGACAACUUGAGGCAGCUGUUGGAGAAGGUGAAACGUGGAGUGUUCCACAUGCCACAUUUUAUUCCCCCGGACUGUCAGAACCUCUUGCGGGGGAUGAUUGAAGUGGAUGCCUCGAAACGUCUCACGCUAGAACAUAUUCAGAAACACAUAUGGUAUAUAGGUGGUAAGAAUGAGCCAGAACCAGAGCAACCAAUCCCUCGAAAGGUGCAGAUUCGUUCUCUCCCUUCCUUGGAGGAUAUCGAUCCAGACGUGUUAGAUAGCAUGCACUCGUUAGGCUGCUUCCGUGACCGAAAUAAACUCUUACAGGACUUGUUGUCAGAAGAAGAAAACCAAGAGAAAAUGAUUUAUUUUCUUCUGCUUGACCGGAAGGAGAGGUAUCCCAGUCACGAAGAUGAGGAUCUUCCCCCUAGAAAUGAAAUAGAUCCCCCCCGGAAGCGUGUGGACUCCCCAAUGCUGAACAGGCAUGGGAAGCGGCGGCCAGAAAGGAAGUCAAUGGAGGUUCUCAGCGUGACAGAUGGCGGCUCCCCAGUCCCUGCUCGCAGAGCUAUUGAAAUGGCACAACAUGGACAGAGUAAAACAAUGUUCAGUAAAAGCCUGGAUAUCUCUGAAGCCAAUCCCAAAUUCAACAAAGAAGAAAGGAUGGCGAGUGCUGAUCCAUUGGGGUCUCGAUCAAUCAGCGGAGCAUCAUCUGGCCUCUCCACCAGUCCCCUCAGCAGUCCAAGGGUCACCCCUCACCCCUCUCCAAGGGGAAGUCCCCUCCCUACCCCCAAGGGGACACCUGUCCAUACGCCAAAGGAGAGCCCAGCAGGCACACCCAACCCAACACCACCAUCCAGCCCCAGCAUUGGAGGAAUGCCAUGGAGGACACGGCUCAACUCAAUCAAGAAUAGUUUCCUGGGGUCUCCUCGCUUCCAUCGCCGGAAAUUGCAAGUACCUACACCAGAGGAGAUGUCCAAUUUAACCCCGGAAUCAUCCCCAGAGCUUGCCAAAAAAUCCUGGUUCGGUAACUUCAUCAACCUGGAGAAAGAAGAACAGAUUUUUGUGGUCAUUAAGGACAAACCACUAAGCUCCAUUAAGGCUGAUAUUGUUCACGCUUUCCUCUCGAUUCCAAGCCUCAGUCACAGUGUCAUCUCACAGACAAGUUUCCGUGCAGAAUACAAGUCCACAGGAGGUCCUGCUGUCUUCCAGAAGCCAGUGAAGUUCCAGGUGGACAUAACGUACACAGAAGGGGGAGAGGCGCAGAAGGAGAACGGGAUUUAUUCUGUCACUUUCACACUCUUAUCAGGUCCAAGCCGUCGUUUUAAGAGGGUAGUAGAAACCAUUCAGGCGCAGUUGUUAAGCACACAUGACCAGCCUUCAGUGCAGCAGUUAUCAGACACCACUAACUGUAUGGAGUUGAUGACUGGCAGACUUUCCAAAUGUGGCAGCCCAUUGAGUAACUUCUUUGACGUAAUUAAACAACUUUUUUCAGACGAGAAGAACGGGCAGGAAUUAUCCCGAAAAGUUAACAUGUCAGCCACGGCUUCACCUUCUGUGCUCUGCGGACACUUGUUGACGGAAGGCAACCGAUGUAGACUGUCCAAGGACCAGUCCUGUUUGAGGUUCCCAGCCUCCCCUCUCCCUUCGGGAAGUGGGUUUCUCCCCCACUUCUCCCCAAACACCUCCCCAAUGCACGCCUUUUUUUUUUUUCUCUCUUUUUUCUUUUUUGGUGCUCCACAAGAGAGAUCUGCUCAGUUAUGGGAUUGCACAGUCUGGGCUGAAAGGAGGUUGCAAAUUGUUGGAGUGAAACCUUUACCCUUGGCAACUUCUGUCCGCGCAGGUGAACACAGCCCGGAGGGGAGGGUGCGGGGAAGGAGAAGGGGUAGCGGGAGCACAGUGUUUUGUGAAUCCAGAGCGCGUUCUCAUCAGAAACCAGCCAGGAGCAACUCAAAACUAAGCGUUGAACCAAGACAAAAUUGGGGAGCUUCAUCACAGGAUUUUCUUAACCUUCUUUUUCUCCCCACCACUUUCUCCUUUUCUUUUGUCCUCUUUUUUAUAUAUACAUGUAUAUAUGUGUGUAUAUUUUCAUAUAAAUAUACAUACAUACAUACAUAUAUAUAUAGACAGAAUAUUUUUUUUUAUACUGUAUCAUUUUGCUUUUUGACCUGCUGGAAGGGGAAAGGAAUAAACUUAGGAGGGAGAGGGGGUUAAAUGAAUAAACACAUACAAACGAAACAUUAAAACUUAGGGAAAAGGCAACUUCUGGUAGCAAAGAAGAGGGACACGACUCUGCCAAGGACUGUCUCUCCCACCACCAGGCACAGUUGCCGCUGCUGCUACUGCUGUUCCUCCUUCGACACCUUCCUCCCCAUCUGUCAGCUCCCUGCCACUGUGCCACCGUGCUGGGACCUUCUUCCACCAGCUGGAUCCUCCACCACACCCUGCAUUUAGAGGCAAUUGUUGUGUUGCUAGUGCUGCAUUGAUAUCAGUAUUAUUAUUUCUUUAAGUUACCGAUUUCAUUUGUUGGCUUGGGUGAUUUUUUUCUAAAAAAAAAAAAAAAAAAAAGAAAAAAAAGAAAAGAAAAAAGAAGAUGAAGAGGAGGAAGAAAAGAGACUUAUCUUGGGUUUUAUUUCCUGUGUGUGUGUGUGUGCAAAUCACUGGCACUUAGUUCAUCCGAGCAAGACAAGGUGGAGUCAGGGCAAUGGGAGACUUAAUCACGAAGCUACUGUAAACUUUAAAAAUUACUGCAAGAUAUUUUUAUAAAGUUUUGUUUUGUUUUGCUGUUUUGUUGUUUUGUUUUUUUUGUUUGUUUUUGUUGUUUUUUUUUGUUUUUGUUUGAAGGGGAGGAGGGUGGGAUUGGGUGGAUGGGGACCUUUUUUGUGUUUCAGUUACUAGGUCUUGGUUAUUUAUAUAUACAUAUAUAUAUAUUUAAAAAAAUAAGCUGUUAGAUAUAUCUUCUGUUUAAUAACUGUGUAGAGGCAACAUUGAUUCUUAUUUAUUUUGUGGAGGAGGGGGAAAAAAGACACAGAUACCCCGUAAGUGUUCAUCUUGUGACUUUGAGAAAGAAGAAUUGCUGCCUUUUUUCCUCCUCCUCAAGAGUUACGUGACCAAGUGUAACUUAUUCUGGCCCAAGCUCAAAGGUUAAACAAACAAAAGAACGUGGUUUUACGCGUGGAAGACAAAACACAGUGAGAAGUACUUCUUGACUGAGAUUUUAAGAAUGUAGGCUUAGCAUUAGUGUUCAGCUCUUUUAUGACCUUCGAUUGCUGCUCGUUGGGUUCCUAUGGGUGUAUGUUGUAUCGCAAGGUUAUUUUUUUUAAUGAUAAUGUUGGAUGAGUUCUUUUUUGUUGUUGUUGUCGUUGUUGGUUUUUUUUAUCAUUUUUCCCCUUCUUGGACCAGUUUUACUUGUACAUAGGUUUGAAGAUUAAAAAGAAUUUUUAAAGACACAAGUGGGGCAAAGACCUUUGACUUUGGCCCCGUUUCCCCAUUCCCCCAAAUGGGAGGGAUUUAUUUUAUUUUAUUGUUUUAUUUAUUUAUUUAUUUAUUUUCCCUAUUCUGAACCUUUUCUCUCGUAUUGCUGUGUGCAUGUCAGACACCAGGGGGUGAUGGCUGGGGAGGGGGGGAGGCAAGGGUGCAGGAGAGGGGGGCAGUUUUAAUUGCAUGACAUUGCUGUAAAUUAGUCUCUUUUGCUUUCGUUGUCUUUCCUGCCUCCACCCUCUCUCUACUUCUCCUCCAAGCUCCCCUCCCAUCACCCCCGUCCUUCUUUUCCCUCUUUUCUCUUCCCUUGUGUAUAGAUUUUGAUGCUUCUGUUACAUUGUACCUCUACAAAAGGCUGGGAUUUCAAUACAAAAUAAUAAUUUAAAAAUACCUAUAUCAGCAAAACUCAUGUGGUACAAGCAGGAAGGGGAUUACUUACACAAGAUAUAAGAAUAAAUGAAAGCAAUACCUCUUGUUAUCCUUCCUAUUUUGUACUUUGAAGACACACACGCGCGCACACACACAUAUACAGACACAAACUGACAUUAUUUAAUGGUUUAAAAUGGACAAAAAAUCUGAUGUAUCCCUUGUUAAAUAACUGUGAGCAACUUUAGUUCAAAAACCAAUAAAUUCAUUCAGUAAAGAUA